AUGGCUGCUGAUUUUCUUCCUAUGAACGCAUUCUCUGAGGGCACAGCCUCUACCUUUGACCACAGUCUGAAGGAGAAGGCCCCCUUCACCAUCCGUAAUGCGCUGGAUCCUCUCACCGUGCAGCACAGUGCCAACCUGCGGGCGGUGGCCUCCCCUGGGCAGGGCAAGCUCCACGAGGUGGGGGUAGGGCAGAGCGUGGACCUGCAGUACUCUGGGUCGGGAACCUCCACACGGGGCAAACUGUCCGCUUUGCAACGCCAGGAGAGCUGCCUCUUUAACCUCAGCAUCGGUCAGUGGACUACUCUAUAUUUAUUUACACCUUUAUUUGUGUCAGCUCUUCCUCCAGCCAGCUGGGCGCCUGGAGGGCCAGAAGACAGUCCGUCGUCUACCUGUAUCGCCUGGAAGGAGCAGGUCCACCUGAGCUCUGAGGUGCGGUCCCUUCUCCAGUGUCCGUCGGCAGACAGCAGCUUCCUGCCCCUCCAGGUGACCACCUUGGCCACACCAGAUCACCUGUCCUUCAUUUCCUCCCAGCGAGAGGACGACUGGGACCCUGCUUACGUCAUCCACCUCCACCCAGCUGUGACCCUCCGGAACCUGCUGCCUUACAGCAUCAGAUAUCUACUGGAGGGCUCAGCAGAGUUCCACGAGCUCCAGGAGGGCAGCGCUGCAGACGUUCUGAAUGCCCGUAUAGGAGGUGAGAUCAUGGAGAUGGUCCUGGUUAAAUACCAGGGCAGGAACUGGUCCGGACGUAUCCGUAUCGCCCAGGACAUGCAGGAGUUCUUCCCUGUGUGCUUCACCUGCGACUCGGCCGAGACGCUGACCGUGGACCUGAGCGUGCACGUGGCGCGGCUGCAUGGACGUCUGACGCUGGCUGUGUUUAGCCCGUACUGGAUCGUCAAUAAGACGUCCAGGGUUCUGCAGUACCGCGCGGAAGACGUCUCCGUCAAACACGCGUCGGACUUCAGGGACGUCGUCCUCUUCUCCUUCAAGAGAAAGAACAUCUUCAGCAAGAACAAGCUGCAGCUCUGUGUGUCCACCAGUUCCUGGUCUGAUGGCUUCUCAUUGGAUACGGUGGGGAGUUAUGGGUGUGUCAGAUGCCCUGCCAACACCAUGGACUACCUGGUUGGCGUCAGCAUUCAAAUGAGUAGUUUCAACCUGACCAAGAUGGUGACCAUGAGUCCGUUCUUCACGCUGGUCAACAAGUCUUCCUACGAGCUGGAGGUGGGAGAGGUGCAGACAGAGGAGGGCAGCGUCAACGGGAAGUGGCACUACAUCUCCUCUACAGAGUGCCUCCCCCUCUGGCCAGAGUUGAUCACAGGGAAGCUGUGUGUCAGGGUCGUGGGCUCAGACUCCAAGUCCAAGUCCUUCUUCUUCAACAAGCAGGACAACGGCACCCUGCUGGGCAUGGAUCAGUAUGGAGGUGUGAUAGUCGACGUGAACAUCUCAGACAGCUCUACUGUGAUCAGCUUCACUGACUAUUAUGAUGGAGCUGCUCCAGCUCUCAUAGUCAACCACACACCCUGGGUUGUCAUCACCUACAGACAGAGCUGUUCCACAGAGAGCAGAGCGCUGAAUCCUGGAGAAGCCCAGAGGUUUGCCUGGGACAACCCUGCAGGGGUCCGCAAACUCAGCUGGAAGUGUCAGGAGCACGGCAGUGGAGAACUGGACCUGGUUAAGGAUGAGUGUGGUCAGUUUGCCUACGACGGUCUAUCCCAGGUCCACUGGGUGUCCUUCCUGGAUGGUCGCCAGCGCGUGCUGCUCUUCACCGAGGACGUUGCCGUGGUGACCAAGGCGCGGCAGGCGGAGGAGCUGGAGCAGUUCCAACAGGAAGUGAACGUGUCGCUGCAGAACCUUGGCCUGUCGCUCGUCAACAACGACAACCGCCAGGAGAUCGCGUAUGUCGGCAUCACCAGCUCUGGGGUGGUGUGGGAGAUGAGACCGAAGAGCCGAUGCAAGCCUUUCAACCAGAGGAACAUCAGGCUGUUGGAGAAGGCCUACCAGAAACACCUGGCUGGAGGCACACCUGAGCCCGGCUGGGUCAAACUGGAGACCAACUUAGAGGUGAACUUUGGGAAGGUUCCCAUGGUGAUGCGUCAGCCCUUUUCCAGUAGAAUCAGGAGGAACUUCCUGUCUGGGAUCCAGGUGGAGUUUAAACAGUCGCCUCAUCAGAGAAGUCUCCGGGCCCAGCUCCACUGGCUACAGGUAGACAACCAGCUGACUGGAGCUUUAUUCCCCAUCGUGUUCCACCCUGUUCCUCCUCCAAAGUCCAUCGCUCUGGACUCAGAACCAAAGCCUUUUAUGGACGUCAGCAUCAUCACCAGGUUUAACCAACACAGUCAGGUCACGCAGUUCAAGUACUUCAUGGUUCUGGUCCAGGAGAUGGCUGUGAAGAUUGACCAGGGAUUCCUGGGAGCCAUCUUGGCCCUGUUCACUCCAGCUGCCGAUUCGCAUGUGGACAAACAGAAGACCAAGCUGAUAGAGAAGGACUUGGCGAUGUUACAGGCUGAAUUGAUGGAGGCGUCCAUGACCGACAACUCAGGCCUCAGCUUCUUUGAAUACUUCCACAUCUCUCCCAUCAAACUACACCUCAGUCUGUCUCUGGGCUCUAGUGGAGACGAGUCUGGUCAACAGGAGAUGAUGGCCAUCCAGUCAGUUAACCUUCUGUUGAAGAGUCUUGGAGCGACACUGACCGAUGUAGACGACCUCAUCUUCAAACUUGCCUACUAUGAGGUGAACUACCAGUUCUACAGGACAGAGAAGCUGAUGUGGGCUGUGGUCAGACAUUACAGUGAGCAGUUCCUGAAACAGAUGUAUGUGUUGGUGCUGGGCCUGGAUGUCCUGGGGAACCCGUUCGGCCUGAUCAGAGGCCUGUCUGAAGGAGUGGAGGCUUUCUUCUACGAGCCCUUCCAGGGAGCCGUUCAGGGACCUGAGGAGUUUGCUGAGGGCUUUGUGAUCGGAGUUCGCAGUCUACUGGGUCACACUGUCGGUGGCGCUGCGGGCAUGGUGUCCCGUAUUACGGGGUCAGUGGGUAAAGGACUGGCUGCCAUCACCAUGGAUAAGGAGUACCAGCAAAAAAGACGGGAGGAGAUGAACAGACCACCCAGAGACUUUGGAGAGAGUCUGGCCAAGGGAGGCAUGGGAUUCUUUAAGGGGGUCGCUGGUGGGGUAACCGGCAUCGUCACCAAACCUGUGGAAGGGGCCAAGAAGGAGGGAGCGGUGGGGUUCUUCAAGGGCAUAGGGAAGGGUCUGGUGGGGGUGGUUGCCAGGCCGACAGGGGGCAUCGUAGACAUGGCCUCCAGCACCUUCCAAGGCAUACAGAGGGUGGCAGAGUCGACCGAGGAAGUGACCAAGCUGAGGCCGGUCAGACUGAUCCGAGAGGACGGAAUCAUCCGACCUUACGACCAGGAGGACGCCAAGGGAUACGACCUUUUCCAGAGGUCAGAGAUCAAGCAGCUGGAAGGAGAGAUCUUCAGAGAACACUGUUUGUACCCUGGACACAGGAAGACCAACGUCAUAGUGACCAACAGGAGAGUGAUGUGUGUGAAGGAGGUGGAGUUUGUGGGACACUUCAACAAAGAGUGGGAGUGUCUGUUUGAGCAUUUCUCAAGGCCUCCGUACGUGGAAGGAGGAGACCUCAUGAUCUACUGCAAGGAACAGAACAAGCUGAAGUUCCAAAAGAGAGAUGGACAGGAACCCAUGAGAGUGCUGCACCUCAAGAACCCUGCCACUGCCCAGAAACUGUGUGAGGCCAUAGAGCAGGCGCAGUCGGCCCAGAGGCAACAUCGGAUGGUGAAGCAAAAAUCACAGCGCUUUCUCAAACUGGGAGACAAGUGUUGAUGUCAUCGCUGCCCGGCAUGAUGUCAUGGUUACCCAGCCUGACGUGAUCACUACUCAGUAGGUGAUCACCACCCAGAAUGAUGUCAUGGUUACCCAGCCUGACGUGAUCACUACUCAGUAGGUGAUCACCACCCAGAAUGAUGUCAUGAUUACCCAGCAUGACGUGAUCACUACUCAGUAGGUGAUCACCACCCAGAAUGAUGUCAUAGUUACCCAGCCUGACGUGAUCACUACUCAGUAGGUGAUCACCACCCAGAAUGAUGUCAUGGUUACCCAGCAUGACGUGAUCACUACUCAGUAGGUGAUCACCACCCAGAAUGAUGUCAUGGUUACCCAGAAUGAUGUCAUGGUUACCCAGCCUGACGUGAUCACUACUCAGUAGGUGAUCACCACCCAGAAUGAUGUCAUAGUUACCCAGCCUGACGUGAUCACUACUCAGUAGGUGAUCACUACCCAGAAUGAUGUCAUGGUUACCCAGCAUGACGUGAUCACUACUCAGUAGGUGAUCACCACCCAGAAUGAUGUCAUGGUUACCCAGCAUGACGUGAUCACUACUCAGUAGGUGAUCACCACCCAGAAUGAUGUCAUGGUUACCCAGAAUGAUGUCAUGGUUACCCAGCAUGACGUGAUCACUACUCAGUAGGUGAUCA